GAAUGGCUUUACCUAGCAGGACCACCGCCGGUAUAGGAGACGGUGGCGACGAACGACGGCCUCACUUCUUCAAGAUCAUCCUCGACGACGCCAUUCGUGACGGCAAGCUUUUCAUUCCGACGAAGUUCGUGAAGCUGUACGGCGGAAACCUUCAGGAUUCGGCGGUUCUGAGUGACCCAUCAGGAACGGAAUGGACGGUGGAGCUGACGGAAUCGGACGGCGACAUCUGGCUGCAGAAGGGGUUUCGUGAGUUCGCCGAGUUCUACUCGCUGUCCCACGGGUACUUGGUCGUGUUCGAGCUCGUCGAUCGCUGGAUCAGCCGUUUCAACGUCGUCGUUUUCGAUCCCACGGCGACGGAGAUCGAGUACCCUGCUUCUCCGCCGCCUCUGCAGCUGCGGUUGGCGGAGGCUCCGUCGAGUAAGGCGGUCCCCAACUCAUCCCCUGUUCACGAAGGAGCAGUAACGAGUGAUUCUGAUGAAUCGGAAACUGAUGAUGAUGAUGAUGAUUCGUCUGUUGAGAUAUUGGAUGGGUUUCCGUCUCUCCCGGGGAAAGGGGAUAGAGAUGAAGAUUUGGUGAGUAAUUGUUCGAGUGAUGUGAAGAUUGGGACUGCCAGAACGACGGCGGUGGUUAUGUGUUUGAAUGCAGGGGAUCAAAUGAAGAAGGGGAAGUUUUGUGCAUCAGCUCCAGCGAAACUAGAAGUCGAUCGAAACAGAGGAGGAGCAAUGAACAGUGGUUUAAAGAGGCUAAAAGGGUUGAGUUUGAAUGAGAAGAUUGAAGCCAUUGAUAGAGCAAGGGCAGCUUUCACCUCCCAAAAGCCUCACUUCAUGGUUGCUAUCCACCCUUCCCAUAUCUAUCCUGGAUCCAUUACGGCGAUACCAUUGAGCUUCGCCAGGGAACAUUUCAAGGCCAAGGACGGGGAUGCAAUCCUCAGCAGGGAGUACAGCGGCGGGAGGAGGUGGAAGUUGAACUACACGGUGAACGCCGACCCGGGGACGUCGAGGAUCGUGGCGGCGGCGUUUCGGUGCGGGUGGAAGGACUUCGCCGGAGCUAAUCAGCUUAGAGUCGGGGACGUCUGUGCGUUUGAGCUGGUGAAGAGCAGCCCCGACGCUGCCGUCCACAUGUUCCGAGUCACCGUUUUCAGAAAAGAUCAAAAGGUUAGGUAAUUAAUUAAGUUAACUAGCGUUGUAGAUUUUGGUAUUAGACUUGUGUUUGGAAUAGAUUCCAUUUUGAGAGUCAUUACCCUUUCUUUUCGACUUUGUAGCUUUGUAAGUUGUUGGGAUAACCUAUGGUAUCAGUUUGGUCUUAGUAUCAAAUCACGAUGCAUGAUAAAGUAGAAAAAGGUUAUUUAAUUACGAAAAAUUUCAUGUUUAGACGAA